UCCAGUUCGAGCUCAGCAUCACCCGUGGUGGUUUCGCGCGCGUUAUACAAUUGGUGAAUUCAAUUUUUUCCGAAAAAGAAAGAAUUUUUCUCCUUGCAAAAAAAUUUAAAAAAAAAAUACAUUAUACUCGGGGGAAAAAGUUACUAUAAAAAUUGUAAAAAAAAAAAAAAUUAUAAUGUUUAUAAAGAAAAAAAUUCAAAUUUUCUUCUAUUAAAAACUGGAAGUAUAUCGAUCAAGAUUUUGCGAAUUAUAUUUUAUACAGAAAAAUUAAGUUUUUAAAGGAAAAAAAAAAAUGCAAAAAUGGAAAACAAAAUAGGAAAGUGUUUAUUGGAUCAUGUGAAACUUUAUGAAAGUGAUAAAGGUCAAUGUCGCCGAAGAAAAAGUGUCCUGGAACGAGAUUUGUGCUUUAGGAUUGAUGAUAGUGUAUAGUGAGUGAAAGUUAAGUUUUUAAAAAAAAGAAAUCAAAAGUGUUUUUAUAAAAGGAUCAAAAAAGUGUUUCAAAUACAAAUAAUGUGGAAGUGGUAAUAUUUUGGAAAAAUAAAAAACAAUUUUUCUUGAAAAGGAAGCUGUUGGGAUUAAUGCUAAAUUCGAAAUAAUUAUACAAAACAAGUAAAGCUGUGACCGCCAAUGGGUCGAGCGAAUGAACGCAGAUGGAAAAAUCAAUUAAUCAAAUUCUCGUUAUCGCACACAACGAGUUGAAUAUAAAUUAUCAAGUUUACUUGACUUAUUGUCAUUUUGUUUUUAAAUUGAAUUUUUUCCCACAAAAAUUGGGCUAAUUAUUAUAUAGAUAUAUAAAAUUGAAUAAAAAAAAAAGAAAUUAACGUAAUGAAAUUUAAUUGAGGAAGAAGUUGUUGUUUCAUUGUAAAUCAAAUGGAUUGCAAUUAGAAAAGUGGUUUACUCUCCUCAGGUGCAGUGAGAACAAUCGACAAUCAAUCGGUUUUAGAAUUGUGAAUUGGAGUAGUGUUAAAUUAAAGUUCUAUGGGUGGAGCGCGCAAGUAGUCCUACAUAGGAAUUCAAGUGUUUCCAAGGAGUUGCUCCUUUUAAGUUCCUUCAACCUCGCAAAGAACAAUCCUUUUCUUCCCUAUCGUGUCUUCCAUUUCCCACCUUCAUUCCAAACUUCUUUCUUCUUCUUCUUCUUCUUUUUUUCCCCCUUUCUCGUGAGGACGCCUUAACUCAACUGGAAAAAGACGUACUUUGCAAGGAAUUUCUCAUGGAAAUCUGAUGAUGGCUACUAUCAGCUUUUUGAAACUACUGCUGCUGAUCCUCGGAAGCUCGCAUGUUCUGCGUGCUGACCCUGUUAUAUCGCCGACUGUCAAAAGUACAGGAGGCUCUAGUUUAGCAAGUGUCGUUGCAGGGAGUAAUAAGCCCACAAGAGCGUGGGAUAAACCUUAUUUUGACGACGUCUCGCCGCGAAAUGUCACGGCAAUCGUUGGUCAAAUGGCAGAAUUAAACUGUCACGUUAAACAUCCUGGUGACCGAACGGUUUCCUGGAUGCGUAAAAGGGAUUUACACAUAUUGACAUCGUCAAUUUUCACAUAUACAGGGGAUGGAAGAUUUUCAGUGAAACAUCCUGAAGUGUCUGAUGAGUGGAGAUUAAGGAUCGAAUAUGUCCAGCCAAGAGAUGCCGGCAUCUACGAAUGUCAAGUUAAUACAGAGCCAAAGAUGAAUUUAGCCUUUAUGUUGAAAGUGGAAGAAAGUAGCCCUGUCCCUGCCACCACACCGAACGCCAUUCAUCGGACGUUCAGCUCAGCUGCACAAGCGAAAAUCCUAGGACCAGAAGAUGUCUACGUGAAGAAAGGUAGUACUAUAAGCCUCACGUGCACGGUUAAUGUGCAAAGUACACCCCCGAGCAGCGUUUCGUGGCAUCACGGGAGUGCAGUAGUGGAUUUCGACAGUCCCAGCGUUCACCACAGGGGCGGAGUUUCCUUGGAGACGGAGAAAACUGAGAGUGGAACGACAAGUAAGCUCUUGGUGACACAAGCCAGAUUGAGCGACAGCGGAAAUUACACCUGCAUACCUAGUAACGCAAAUCCUGCCAGUGUGAUGGUCCACGUACUGAAUGGUGAGCAUCCAGCAGCAAUGCAGCAUGGUGGUAGUUGUGGUGUGGCUCCAACAAUCCUUCUAGCAACUUUAACCCUCUUAGUGGCAAAUUUACUGAGGUGAGCAGUCUCUCUGCGAUAAUACGACAAAUUUCAAGAAAGUUACCUAAUUAUAUAUUAAAAAAAAAAAAAAAAAAAAAUUACGAAAAAAUCUUUUGAUUCUACAAUCAAAAACAAUAUUUAAUUAAAAUGGACAACUCAAUAAAAAAAAAAAACCCAUCACAAAAACGUUGAUGUAAGACUUGGAUAUGAAAAAAAAAUUCCAUAGAAUCAUAGACAAAUCUGUGUGAGUAAAAGUGACUUUUUUAAGUGUUAAUAUCAACGAAAUUCCAAAAAUGGUUCUUGUACCUUCUUCAAACUAAAAUAUUAUUAUUCAAACGAGAAACCCGACAAUUUGUACAGGUGUGAGUGCAAAAUGAAAAUAAUUAUUAUUAAGUGAAUGAAAAUAAUUCGAAAACAUUUUUGCGAAUUAAAAAAAAAAAUACUUUUUGUAAGAAACGUAUUAUUAUUUCACAAUACACUGAUGUAAAUUAACACAAUUUUAGAGAUGAAAAUUUUUGACUGUUUUAAAAAGCAAUGUAGAAUACUGGUAGAAUUAAAGAAACAAAAAAAAAAAUUUAUUAAAUAUUUUUUAAAAAUUACUUUUUUCCCAAUUUUAUAUUUAUAAAAUCAGUAAAUUAUAUACUGAUUAAAAAUUGUUUGGGGGUUUUUUCUUUUUUGUUUUAUUAUAUAAGGAUAAAUGACAUCGUAAUAUCGUUAAAAAAAAGUGGGUGUGAGAAACGAGCUCAUAAUGCACCUUUCGCCAGAACAUGAUAAUACUCGUAGGUAACAUUUAUUAUAAGAUUAUGAAUCUUUGUACAUAUAAAGAAUAUCAACAAAUGAGCCUGAUGUACAGAAUUAUAAAUAUAAAUAUAUAUUCAAUGGCUCAAGAAAAAAAAAACAAAAAAAAAAAAGUUCUAAUACGAAUCGUGAAAAUCAAUUUCAAAAGCGAAACGUUUUAACAUUUUAAGUCUGUUUAAAUUUAAUAUAAUUUAUAUAUAAAUAUAUAUAUAUAAAAAUAUAAAUAUAAUAUAAAUGAAUGUACAGAAACAAAAA